AUGGACGAAGCCACCAUCCCGACAUACCGCAUAGACCUCUCCCUCCCACCACAACAACGCUACAAAACCAUCUCAUCAGACUUCGCCCCCCAAAUGAGGCAAAUCACACCCCUGUUCGACAAAGUCAUCGCCUCGUUCAUCCAAUCCAUCCUGCUCCAACGCCUCAUCAAGUUCCUGGCCCGACUCCUCCUUCGUCGGGUACACUCCUCUGAGGAAACGCAGGAACUAAAGGGAAUAGCUAGGGCCAGCGGCGUAGAGCUCUAUAUCCUCGUGGCGUUUAAUGUCCUGCUAGACAGCCUGCUAGGAUGCACGAGUGGCGGCGUGUUGACGAAGCCGAAUGGUAAAUAUGCCCGCGAAAGGAUGAUGCAUUUUCGUACCCUGGACUGGGGCAUGGAUGAGCUGAGAAAAGUCCUUGUUGUGCUGGAAUUUGUGAGGAGUGAGUCUGAUGAGCCGGAGAGGGUUCUCUGCAGGACCGUGACGUAUGCUGGGUUUGUGGGAGUCUUGACGGGUGUCAAACAGGACCUAUCUCUAUCACUCAACUUUCGACCCAAUCACACGUCAUCUACCCUUCUCCUGCGGCUACAUCAACUCCUUGUGCUGCUGGCUAUUCGCCCAUCGAUAUCAUCCGUCCUUCGAAAGCACCUCUUUGAUCCAGCGACAAACAUCUCAAACCUUACCAAUUCUCUAACAAGCAGCACUACCACCGCGCCGGCUUACAUUAUCGUCUGCUCUGGCAAAGACACUACUGUAGUGCAAACGGAUCUAUGCGGUGGCGUAUCCGACUCUGCAGUAGACUACAUCUCCCACACUAAUCACGAUCUGGCUUCUUCCAGAGCCACCCAGAGGGCUAGCAAUGUUAUCCUAGGCAUGGAGGGCUUAGUCGAAGAGAGUGAGGAGCGAAAAGGCUGUAUAGAUAGUAAGUGGGAGAAGUUGAGGAAGAGACAAGAGGCGCAGAUGUACAAGGCGGGGAGAAGGGACACUGUGGCGGUGAGUGAGAGGACUUUACGAGGCUGGGUGAUGGAAUAUCCGAUCAUGAAUGAGUGUUCCCAUUUCGGGUGCAUUCUCGAUCCGGGCACCGGGAGCAUUCGGUGGCUGCAGAGAGGGAUACAAGAGGAUGAGUCCGAAAACAAUGACGAACAAUGA